GACGGCAGCAUUUGUCUCCGAAGAGCCGGUGUCAUCAGCCUUCUGCCGGGGAAUAUCGUCUCCAUCGGCGGCCGCAGACGAGCGGCUAAUGUCAGUAUAAGAACGGCCGGGGCGUCGCGACGAUUCGUGAAACAUGGUGGUCUGCCCCAGGGGCCUUCUUUUGCUACUGCUGCUCCUGGUGAGUGAGCUGUGUGUAUCUCCUCAUCCCGUUAGCGCUUGCUGCUUGGAGAAAACCACCGCCGACAGUAGCAUCGGGUAUGGGUCAGCUGACGGCACUGGAGUCAAACCUUCGAGCUUCUUGGGGCCUGGUGAACGCAGUAGUGUCCCUGCUACUGCGAUGUCCGCAGACGUCACCGCUACAAAGCAACGCAACGUGUACCAGGCUCGAAGGCUGAGACGCUCCGGAAGACGUCGAUGGGUAGCUGCCGGUCCAGUGAGAAUCCGCAAUUUGAAUUCGCAAAGCAAAGACGCUAAGAGCUCUAUAAUGACAGAAAAUGAAACUGAUCGAAAUAAGACGCGGAAUGUGACAGCAAAGACACUAUUGCCGCAGUAUUCUACGAGUGUCUCAACGCAUGAGUCAGAGAGUGUCACUGGAUCUUACGUUGUACAUGCAAGGGAACUUCCUCAAGUUCACCGUCUUCAAGGAGACAUGAAGUCUUUGAAGACAGCUCAAAUUGAAGAUCUGACAUCACGUGCAGUCACUUCAAGAUUCGGUGAGACUGAAGAGACUUCCGUUCAACCUCUCCCUGCACAAAGCACCAUCAUGUUUGAGGAAGAAACUUCACAACGCUCGCUGGAAGCAGAUGGCGAGCGUUCUGAAAGUUCAAAGCUGAAACUCGUGUCAUAUAGCGGUGAUGGUACACAAACCACUGAAUCAUACAUUAGUACUGAGCAGAGCCCUUCAUUAGGUAUACAUUUACAGUCUACAUCAGAAAAUAAAAUUUUAUUCUCAGACAAAAGCAGAGGUUUCGUUAGUACCACAACAGCAACGAACGCAAGAGAUAGUUCAGUACUUCACAAUAACGACAAAGCAAACUCAAAGCACGUGCUACCGCAGGCUACUUUGCAGCAGUUACGCGGAUUCCCUGACAGUGAAACACAGCAAUCUUUCUCCACUGACCAUGUUGACCUGGAAGAAACGACACGAGGUGGCAGCAGCCCAACUGAGCCUCCUGAUACAGAGUCAUUAGGUUCAGAAGUGACACCAUCACCGUCUCAUGACUGGAUCGAUGCUGGCGAUAUAGCUGAACACAAAACAUCCAUUGGGCCUCCAUCGGGGCUUUCGCGAUUGCCGAGUAAGCAUCUUUGGAAGUCAGAUGAGUUUUACCAGCAAACAGAAACGAAUGGUUCGACAACAGAGUUCUCAACAGUCGUGCCGAUUAAUUUAGUUGGCAAGUCGGACCACACGACAACGCAUGGCACUCUUAUCUCAAGCCAAGGGAUGCCACAGUCUACUCUUAAGCAGCAGCAAGGACCUCCUUACUUAGAGAAGUCUGUCAGCGGUAAACGGUCAGAAGCGUCUAAUGAUUCCGUCAGUACAACACUUAUUCCACUCCCAGAAGAGAAUGUGUCCUUGAGGCAGUUGGCGGAUUCUAGCAAUGUCAGUCAAGAAACCUAUGAUAUCAUACCGCCUUUGGGACAGUCAACGUCACUAAGCAGUCAAUCGUGGAAGGCAGCUAACGUGUCUCACCCAUUGCCACAGGAGACAAAGGAAUCCGAAUCCAAGCUGUCGGUAUCUAUGACGAAUCGUCGUGAUUAUAUCAGCACUGCUGAGUCAAGCAGUAUUUUACCAAAUGCCACUAUUCGUCAGUUACAUGGACCUCCUGACAAUAAAUCAGAGUCUUCUACCUCAUCUGUCACUCCAAAGCAGGAGAAUAGUACUCCAGUAAAAUUGUGGAAUGAAUCACAAGUUUUGGGGUCAGAAAAAACACCUGCAUAUAACUGGCCUUCUGUUAGUACUGACGGCCGCAACAAUGAAGAAACGUCUUCUACUGAACCGCCACUAGGUCUUUCACAGUUACCAAGCACACGCCCAUGGAAGUCAGUUGCUUUUCCACAGGAACUGGAAACGGUUCCUUCAGCCAUCGAGGUGCCUGCAUCGGCAUUGGCUACAGGAGAGGCUGCGAGCCAACUCCAUGUUACCAACGCUGCUGAUUCAAACCAUGCAGAACCAAAGGCCACCGUGAAGCAGCUGCAUGGACCUCCUGACAGCAAAAUUCAGUUAUAUCACUGGGGCCCAGAGAAGAGACUCCCUUCACAUCGCUGGCCAGACUUCGGAGUUUCUACUGGUCAUGAGAGUCAGGAAGCAUCUUCCAUGGGACACCAACAGGGACUUUCACGGUUACCCAGCAAACGCCUAUGGAAGUCUGUUGUUGUUCCACAGAAACUGGAAACGGUUGCUUCAGACACCGGAACGCCUGCGUCCUCACUGGUGUCUACAGAAGAGACGUCUAGCCAUCCACACGUUGUCAACAGUGCUGAUUCAAACCACGUAAUACCAGAAACCACCGUGAAGCAUGGGCCUUCUGACAGUGAAAUUCUACGGUAUCCUCCGUCCAAAACUGCCAGUGCAAAGGACCGAAUGAAAGCUAAUGAUGGUCGAGCAGAUACUUCCAAAACAGAUCACUGGGGUCCAGAGAAGAGACUCCCGUCGUAUCGCUGGCCAAACUUUGGAGUUCCUACUGGUCGAGACAGUGAGAAAGCAUCUUCCAUGGGACCUCAACAGGGACUUUCACGGUUACCCAGCAAACGCCUAUGGACUUUAGUUAACAAUGCACAACCAAUGAUAACCAAAGAUAGGACCACAGAGUCUGCAUCUGUUUUGACGAAUGCUGGUGCUACAUUGAGCCACGGCAGCGUCAUUGACACUGCUGUUUCAAGCCACGUGAUACCAAAAGCCACUGUGAAACAACUGCGUGGGCCUCCGGACAGAGAAACUGAGUGGUAUCCUCUAUCGGAAUUUGUUAAGCCAGGGGGCCGAAGAGAAGAGAACAGCAGUCCAACCGAGUCCUCACAGACAUAUGGCUGGGGCCCAGAGAAAACACAGCCAUCUUACAGACGUCCAGAUGGUAUGACGAUUGAUUACGAGAGGCAGGAGACAUCCAUCCCCCGCCCUCCACCUGGACAUCCGCAAGUGCCCAGUAAGGAUCCGUGGGAUUCAUCUGAUAUUUCUGAAAGAGGAGACGCGAGAGGUCCGGCCAUAAAACAACUAUUAACCACCGAAAAACAAGCAGGGACGUUGAAGUCUAGUAACAAUGAGCAGUAUCAGUUAAAAGAGGAGCAGAACGUUCCUGUCAACGCUGUAACUCCAAAGACAGAACCUAGUUUUCUGCCUAUUUUGAGGGCGGCACAUCUCUUGUUAGAAGCCGCAAAGAAACAAGCCGACGGACCUUCUGACACGGAGUUGCAACGCUCAUCUACGAACGAAACUGCUACAGCCCUGAGAGAGUCAGAGCUCUCUCGAAUAACAAAACAGUUGUCUACCAUCACGCAAUUGCUUAUUUCUGGAUUGCUACUGAACGUACUCACCACUAAGCAACUGCAAGGUUGUUCCCUAGACAGCCCUCUACUGAACUCUACCUCAGAGGAGUUGCUGGGACCUACACUGACGUCACUAAACUUAUCUACUGCUGAUGUUGUAACAGCCGCCCCUGGUGUGGCGAGUAGUUACCCAGUCGACUCUCACUACAAAGACACCUCAGUGUGGAAUACUUCUUCGGAAACGUCAACAGGUGCCUCCGACACGUUCUCCAUUCGAUCCUGGGUGUCCCGGCCAAUACCAGUUGUCCCGCUUCCUGAGGGAGUGAGCGACGUAGUUGGUGAUCAUCCGUCCCCGGAUGGGCUGCCUCCUCCACCACCUCCAGAUUUCACGAACGAGGAACUAGACGGUGUAGAAUCAGUCGGUGGAAGCUUGGCGAGCGGUUGGCACACCACGACGACGCAGUCUCCUCAAGGCUGCGAUGCAUCAAGUGCAGCGACUUCUCAGCCUCCAGCCAACUACUGGGACACCACUCAAUCACCAUACAACUACUGGUAUCCUACCACUACAACUACUCAGUCGCCCUACAAUUACUGGUACCAAAAUAUGAAUACGACUCAGUAUCCCUAUAACUACUGGAACCCCAGCACUACUACAACACAAUCUCCUCAAAAUUACUGGAAUACAAAUGAAGCUACUACUCAGCGUCCUUAUAAUUACUGGGGUACAAGCACAACUGCAAUACGUCCUCCUUACAACUAUUGGUAUACAAAUAAAGACACAACUCAGAAUCCUCUCAAUUACUGGGGUACAACCACAUCCACAACACCAUCUCCUUAUGACUACUGGAAUACAAACCAGAACCCACAAAAUUUCUGGGAGACAACUAAUACGACUACAGCAAGUCCUUACGAUUAUGGGCAGACAGCCACCACUACGACUCAGUCGCCUUACAGUUAUUGGUCUACAACGACACAAGACCCGCGUUACUGGUAUACAACACCAACAAGUUUAACGCCCACAAAGUCACCGUACGAAAUUUGGUACGAUUAUUGGUACGGUAACACCACAACGAGUACUAAAUCACCUUACGAAAGCUGGUACGAUAAUUGGUACGGUAACGUCACAACAACUACCAAGUCACCGUACGAAAACUGGUAUGAUACCUGGUAUGGUAGUACAACAACAACAACAACAACAACAACGACAACCAAGUCACCGUAUGAAAACUGGUACGAUAACUGGUAUGGUAACGCAACAACAACAACCAAGUCACCCUACGAAGACUGGUACGCUAAUUGGUAUGGUAACGCCACAACAACUACCAAGUCACCCUACGAAAACUGGUACAACUACUGGUAUAGUAGUUCCACUACAACGACAAAGUCACCUUAUGACAGCUGGUUCGACUACUGGUCAAAGAAAAGCACGACGACGACAACACCGACGACGAGUGAGCCACAGUCACAAUAUAACUGGUACUAUGGCUGGCCAACGACUACAACGAGCAGGCCGCCGCCGACGAACCCAACACAGUCCCAGUACAACUGGUACUCUGGCUGGCCAACCACAACCAGCCCUAGUACUACCGAGCCACCAACUACACAGCGGCCAUGGUACGACUACUGGUCGACACCAUCUACCACCACGAGCAAACCACCGACAAAUGAACAAUCACAGUACAACUGGUAUUACGGCUGGCCAACACAGACCACACCAAAGAGUACAGAGCCACCUACUACACAGCGACCAUGGUACGACUACUGGUCAACGACGUCUCGUCCACCAAGUACACAAUCGCAGAACAACUGGUUCGACAGCUGGAGGAUACCCACAACAACGCAGCGGCCGUGGUACGAUUACUGGUCGACAACCAGUCGUCCUCAUAGCGGUCAGUCGCAGUACGACGGGUACCACAACUGGCUUGGCACCACAACUGCAACAGCGACCUCGCAGCCUCCAACGGAACUUCCGACAACCACUCGUAGCCCGUGGUAUGACUACUGGGGAACCACAAAGCGACCUUACGUGUGGUACAACAGCUGGGGAAAUGGCCCAGCCGCCACCACCACCACCACCACCACCGAGUCUCCAACUUCACAAGCACAGGCCACCGGGUCCCCGCCGUACAGUUACUGGUCUCCUGGUCAACAGCCAGCUGAUCCGAUGCAGUCUUCCGACAACACCGUCUCGUCUGGUGGCAAACCUCUAGUGCAACAGCUGCAGGGCACUCACUAUAAUCCUGACGGCAGUUACGUCUUGGACAUGCCAGGGCAUCACGAGGAGGGCUUUUAUAGGGUCCCUGCCGGUGGAGGUGCACCAGUGUUCGUGAAGCAAGGCUAUUACACGUACACGGACGGUACUGGAAGACAACAUACCGUUUCCUACGUCGCGGACGAGUACGGCUAUAGGACAAGCGAUUCGUGAGACCUAUACUCAACGGCGACCUAGAUGUCUGGUCUCGGGGUAACAGCUCUUCCUGCACAUCGAGUCAUCUGGUAUUUGAGCACGUGUCGAAGCACACCUGUUCCUGGUCGAAAAGGCGGUGGGUAUUGCCACGUCUAGGUCUGCCCAGCGCUCGGUAGACGCGUUUACCUGCAAACGCAUUUCAAAUGUUCUCGAUACAAGUAGAAACAAUAAUCAACACAAAGACUUAUCAAGGACUUCAGUCGUGUGAAGACAUAAUGCAACCACAGAAAACAUUGCUUCAUCUUAUCCUUCCCCUUUAUUGGUCCUCUUAGCGACAUUCGCACAAAAUUUGUGUUCCUCGUCAUAAUAUUUCGAUCAUUCUUCCACGUGUUAAAGUUGUUAUUAAUGCCUGAGCAGUGUGUCCGGGAACUGAGUAACUCCCGUACAGGUGAUGUCGAAGCGGAAAAUAUUAUUCGUGUGAAGAGGAAUAUAACUUACAGGUAAUCCUUUAUUCCCAAAUACAAAGGGAUGUGAAUCGUCAUUAAGAAGAUUCCGCAAUAUUUUGCACUACUUGCGAAGCGAAGAACACGUCAUCGGAAUUAUUCGUGAGCAAUUAAGCUCUCACUUGUAAGAUGCACUACCGGCAGUCGAGUUCUUCUUAAGUUCUGACACAGUGCCUUUAUUCCCCAUGUCAGUUGUCCUAUUUGGUUUUAGUAGAGCUAUACGGCGUUUGUAGAAAGCGAAACUAAUUUGUCAUUUAGGUUCUAAAGCCGUUUAUGCUUCCAUUACGGUACCCUCAUUUUUACUGUAACCAAGUAUUGCACCACAUAGAUUAUCUUGGACUUAAUCUCAAAACAGCAAUCUACUCAGUACCGUAAAAUAAAACACAAGAAAUGUUUGCUCUUAUCAGGAAGUGUAUCUCAUCCCAAUUAUUAACGUAAUAAGCAGUGUCUGUCUGAGCUUCAAAACAUUGUCUAUGUUUUAAUGUAUAUAAUUACUAAUCUACGUGAAGCGAAAACUUUGUGUAUUAUUUAUAUCAAAAUCUCAUUCAUAAUUUUCUGAACCAAAAUGUAUUUAUUGUAGAAUAAGAAAUGAUUGAAUGUGUGUAAGCUACCAGGCUUGUCGCUAUAUUUGUAGUUGAAGUGCUGGUGCAAGCAAGAACUGAAAUGGUGAAACUAUGGUGAAAUUAUGAGUUGAUAUAAACAAAUUCAUGACCCCAAAAAUCAAUUGGCCAACGCUAUCCGACUACAAUAACGAAAACAAAGUUAAAUAAGCAGCUAACCCAAGUCGCACAAUUCAAUAAAUAGCAGUCACAGCACCAAUAAAGUCAGUGCACAUGAAAAACACUUUUAAGCUGAUAUCUAAACUGUCAAAUUGUAAUAGAGGACAGCUUAUUGUCCAUCACUGUGCUAUCUGGGUCACUGUUCAAUGGGGACUGAUGCCCUUUAAUGUAAUUGCAAU